CUCAUUAUCUUUGUUGCUUAAAGCUUGUCCUCCUUCCUUAUCCUCCCAUAUCUCUUUAACCAAUAUUAUUCAAGAGAGAGACUGUUCAUAUGUUCUUGAAAAAGAAAGAAAUCAAGACCCACAAAACCCUAAUUCUAUUCAAAUAACUUUAGAGAGAGAAAGUAAAGAUAGAGUGAGAAAGAUUGUGUGUGUGUGUGUUUCUUGUAGGUUUUACUGUGUGUGUGAGUAUUAUAAUCUCAUGCGAUCAUGGAUGGUGGGGAUGAUCAUUUCCACCACCGGCCAAACUUCCCUUUUCAAUUACUUGAAAAGAAAGAUGAUGAAACUGCCAGCUGCUCCUCCUCCGCCACCGCCACGGCGGCAUACCCUUCGCUCGCCAUCGCCGCCGACAAUAACCUAGUUAGAUCCAACAAUAUGCAACUGACAACCACCACCACCACAUCCUCCGGUGAGCCAUCGAAAAAACAACCGCCGAAGAGAACGUCUACGAAAGAUAGGCAUACCAAGGUUGACGGCCGUGGCCGACGAAUUCGUAUGCCGGCGUUAUGUGCUGCUAGGGUUUUCCAGCUUACCCGGGAGCUUGGACACAAAUCUGAUGGUGAAACAAUUGAGUGGCUGCUACAGCAGGCGGAGCCUGCAGUUAUUGCAGCCACUGGGACAGGUACUAUCCCGGCCAACUUCAGUUCACUAAAUAUUUCACUUCGGAGCUCGCGGUCAAGUUUGACCGUUCCAUCUCAGCUCCGAUCUACUUAUUUCAACCCCAGCUUCGCUCUCCCCCAACAGCGGAAUCUUUUUCCGGAGAAUUCUUCAUCGAACCUUUUGAGUUUUGGAUCGACGAUGAGUCUCAACCAGAUGUUACAAGCGAAGCAGGAAAUGAGGGAUAAUCCGCAGGAGAACAACGAAUUCUCGGAGAAUGAGGAGGGUAUUGGGAGAAAAAGGCGGCCUCCGGCCGAGCUUGAUUUGUCGUCACAACACCAGAUGGGAAACUACUUGAUGCAGCCAAGCACCGGAGCGAUGGCGGCUAGUCACGCAUCGGUUCCGGCGAAUUUUUGGAUGGCAGCCAGUCACCAACACCAAGUAAUGAACGGAGAUCCUAUAUGGACUUUUCCAAACGUAUAUAAUAGCGCGGCGGUGUAUAGAGGGCCAGGUUCAAGUGGCUUACAUUUCAUGAAUUUUCCGACUCCAGUCGCGCUUAUACCAGGUCAGCAACCCGGAGCGGGAACUAGUGGUAACGGUGGCAGUAACAGUAACAACAGUGGUGGUUAUGGUGAAGGGCAUAUGAAUAUGCUUUCUGGAUUAAAUCCAUACAGACCCAUUUUUGCUGCAAGUUCAUCUGAACCUCCGGAGAAUGGGUCUCAGUCUCAUCACCGCGGCGGUGAUGAUCGACAUGACACGACCAGUCAUAACUCCUAGGGGAUUCCCGCCCCAUGAUUGUGUUGUUAAAUUUGAUGUGUAAACACACGUGAGGUUUGAUAAUAUUCUCUUAAUUUUUUUAAUAGUUUCAAAACUUUUCUUGAAUAUUAUGAUAAUAUUUUUAUCUUGCUUCCUCAUUUCAUCUGUGUGAUUAAUAUAACGAAGAUUUUUAAAGGGUUUCGAACCCCAUUUUGGUUUACAGUUCGAAUUUUACAUCA